UAGUCUAGAGCGAGUCAAUUUAUGGAAAGACAAGUCGACCCCUUAAUGGUCCCCAUCAAAACCACUAAAAACAUCAUCAGACGGUCCGACUUCCGCGAGGAUUCCUGUGGCGGACGCAUGCAGCCUUCUCCGAACUGACAGACUCCCGAGCAAAACAAACACGCGGAGACAUUUUUGGGAGUUUGACCAAGCUCUUCACUUCCCAAGAGAGAGGAGAAGUUCGCUUUCGCUCAAGUUUUUCAACAUUUCAAAGAGUCCGCUGCUUCCUCGUCCAGGAUACUUUUGCAGAGGGCGGCAGAAGUGGCCUGGCUCCUGAAUAUCACCAGUCCGCCCUGCGCCCUUAUUUACACUUAUUAGGUGAUUUGUUUUUGUUUGUUUCCCGUUUUUAUCCAAGCAAGUUUGGUGGUUCAUGUUCACAAAUGUUAGCGGUCGGGCAGAUGGAGGCUAACCGGCAGAGUGCUUUCGUCCUGGGCAGCACCCCGCUGGCGGCGUUGCACAACAUGACCGAGAUGAAGACAUCCCUGUUCCCGUACACGCUGCAGCAGAGCCCGGGGGGCUUCAAGGCGCCCCAGCUCUCCAAUCUCAACUCCCAGAUCGCCAUUGGGACUCCCCACGGAAUAAGCGACAUCCUGGGGAGACCCAUCACCACGGCCGGACAGCUGCUGUCCGGGUUCCCCAGGAUAAACGGCCUGACCACUACCGCAGCCGCCGCAGCAGCGGGGAUGUACUUCAGCCCGGCGGUGUCGCGGUACCCGAAGCCCCUGGCCGAGCUGCCGGGGCGGGCGCCCAUCUUUUGGCCGGGGGUGAUGCAGGGUUCUCCCUGGAGGGACCCGCGGAUUCCCUGUCCUAGUCAAGCUAAUGUAAUGAUGGACAAGGACGGCAAGAAGAAACACUCCAGACCGACUUUUUCAGGACAGCAAAUCUUUGCACUGGAAAAAACUUUCGAGCAGACGAAAUACCUGGCCGGCCCAGAGAGAGCCCGCCUGGCUUACUCUUUAGGAAUGACCGAGAGCCAAGUCAAGGUUUGGUUUCAGAACAGAAGGACCAAAUGGCGGAAGCGACACGCGGCAGAAAUGGCCACGGCCAAGAAGAAGCACGACUCAGAGACGGAGAAGAUGAAGGAGAGCUCGGACAACGAGGACGACGAUGAGUACAACAAACCGCUGGACCCAAAUUCAGACGAUGAGAAAAUCACGAGACUGUUGAAAAAGCACAAGGCCACCAACCUGGCGCUCAUCAGCCCCUGCAGUAACAGCUCGGACACCUUGUGAUGCCCACGCAGCUGGGGGCCAAAGUUGGCGGCCAAAGGGUCCAACAGAGACUUAUCGCGCUCUUUCUGACCCCCUUUUCACCUGACAUUAAGAACAUGCGCCUGAGGGGAUCGCAUUUUGCUCAGACAGAGCAAAGAAAAUGCGUAAAAUCCGAGUGUGUGGGGCCAGACGCGCGGACCAAAGGUGGCCAGAGACACAUUUGGCUGCAUCCAAACCCAUUAACAGACAGUGUAUACACGGAGAUAUAACUCCUGUCAGAGCUGGACGUCAAGAAGACUGAUAAUGGCAAGGUCAUAUCAGUUGAAAGGACAAAAAUGUUGGGACAGGAAAUUGUUUUGGCGACGCAAAUCAGUUUUUACGCAUACAGCUGAAGGUUUAACAACAGGUGUAAAUGUAAACAAAAUAUUAUACACACACAGUCCGGAUCAGUGUUGGGCUUAUUAGUGUGACUCUGCUUUUAUUCCAUAAGUAAUGCUGCUUUAUUCAGUAUACUUAUUACAGUAUUUUCUGUCACACCUCUCUCCAGAAUUAGCAGCCUCUGUCACCUUUAAAAGCCAGGAAGGCCAGUCCUUUUGCUUUGAACGAGGCCGUUGAAUGUUCUUAUUAACUGGUGAUCAUGUUCAGUAUUAUUUUCAUCCAAACAUAGGGUGUACACCAUUUACUUUUUAGAUCAUUCAGCUUUUAUGCCAUUUUUGGUUUAAACAAAAGCAGCUGCACACGUUUAAUAGUAGUGAUUUAAUAGGAGCAGCACUGAUCCGGAUCCCAGACGCAUGUUUAAAAUGGCAGGUGUAAAAGGGGCCUGUGAUGCUUCUAAAGCUCAGUUUAACCAGGGUAUCCACUGUCCUAAAAGGCAAGAGAAUAAAAGGUUUUGAGGGGGCGCAGGUUUGAGAUGGAUGAAUGAUUUGUGCUGUAGCCUAAAGAUGAAAAUGUACGUGAGAUUGUAUAUAUUUUUUACUGAAUAAGUUAUGUUGUUUCAACCAGUGGAAACGCGGCAGCCUUUCUCCCCCGGACGCGCUUAUUCCCUCUCAGAUAUACCUGCUGCUUCGUUUUUAUUUCUGCAGAGUAAUGUCGCCCACUUUUCUCCACGUUUUACAUUUCUCAUUUCAGUACCGGCACACAAAUGUAUAGACGCAAACUGCUGUAAAUAAUCCUUGUAAAAACCAGCUUGUUUUAACGGCAACACAGUACACACUUUUCUUUUGGUUUCACUCGAGAAAGUUUGUUUUACCUCAUCAACACAGCGGAAUAGAAAACUGGACCAUCGUUUCUGUUGGAAUUAAAGAGAGUAUUAUUGCUUCCGGGAAGGUUAUAGGAAGAAAAAAAAACACUUUGUAUUAUGAAUA